GCGAAAGAAAGCCGGACCAGAAACAGAGAGUUCUGUGGGGAAUGCAGAGAAAUGAGAGGAACUUCGCUGACAAAGCCUGAACUGAGUGGGAGUUCCAAGAGGAGCACCGGCGGCAGAAAUUGUCACAGAAAGCACGUCGAGGACGGGCGAUCAACUCGGACUCUCGAUUUUCAUAUUCUGUCUCCCCCCUGUCUCUGCCACAACAUUCAUCAAGCACAUUCCCUGGAACCAAAGCUCCUUUGUGUACCCAAAAAUUUCCGUAGAUAUUUAUAGUUUUCUGUAGCGAAUCUACUAGAGAUGGCAGAGAAGGUCAGAGGCGGUAACCCAACCUUGCUGGACGGAAAGUACGAGCUCGGCCGUAUGCUUGGCUACGGAACUUUCGCCAAGGUUUACCAUGCGCGGAACCUUCGGACUGGGAAGAGUGUGGCGAUGAAGGUGGUUGGCAAGGAGAAGGUGAUUAAGGUCGGUAUGAUGGACCAGAUCAAGCGCGAGAUCUCCGUGAUGAAGAUGGUGAAGCAUCCGAACAUCGUCGAGCUACACGAGGUCAUGGCGAGCAAAUCCAAGAUCUAUAUCUCCAUGGAACUCGUUCGUGGCGGCGAAUUGUUCUCCAAGGUCGCAAAGGGCCGGCUGAGGGAAGACGCGGCCAGAGUUUAUUUUCAACAAUUGAUUUCGGCCAUCGAUUUUUGCCACAGCCGCAGUGUUUACCACCGCGAUUUGAAGCCAGAGAAUCUGUUAUUGGACGAGGACGGAAACUUGAAGGUCACGGAUUUCGGACUCAGUGCCUUUGCUGAGAACUCGAAGCAAGACGGUUUGCUUCACACGACUUGUGGCACACCAGCAUAUGUUGCGCCGGAGGUGAUUGGGAAGAAAGGCUAUGAUGGUGCAAAAGCAGAUCUGUGGUCUUGCGGUGUAAUUCUCUAUGUUCUCCUCGCCGGAUUCUUGCCCUUCCAAGAGGACAACAUCGUCGCCAUGUAUAAAAAAAUUUACAGAGGAGACUUCAAAUGCCCACCGUGGUUCUCCGGCGACGCUCGUAGAUUAAUCACAAAGCUUCUCGAUCCAAACCCUAAUAGUCGAAUUACCAUAGCCAAACUGAUGGAUUCUUCUUGGUUUAAGAAAUCGGUGCCCAAGUCCAUGAUAAGCAAAGCAGAAAUGGAGUUCGAUGCCUUGACUUUGGAUGGGGACAAAUCAAAACAGCCAGAGACACUCAACGCCUUUCACAUCAUAUCUCUAUCGCAGGGGUUCGACCUCUCUCCCAUGUUCGAAGGGAAGAAGAGGGAGGAAAAGGAGGAGCUGAGGUUCGCAACCACGAGGCCCGCCAGCAGCGUGAUUUCCAGACUGGAGGAUGUGGCGAAGUCGACGAAAUUCAACGUCAAGAAAAGCGAGACUUGUGUGAGAUUACAGGGGCAGGAGAGUGGUCGGAAAGGAAGAUUGGGUAUAGUGGCGGACAUCUUGGCAGUGACGCCGUCGUUCCUGGUUGUGGAGGUGAAGAAAGACAACGGUGACACUCUAGAAUACAACCAGUUCUGUAGCAACGAGCUCAGACCGGCGCUCAAGGACAUCGUCUGGACGUCGCCGGCCGAGAACUCAACAUUAGCUUGAAUUCAUACGUUCAACCUACCAGUAUUUAUGUUAUUGUUCUUCUUCUUCUUAUCAUUCUCAACGUUUUGUAUCCAUCAACAAGAACAUCAGCAUUGUUGGUUUUGUUGUGAUGUCUUCCUUGUGUUUGUGAAAAUGUUCAAAUGGAGUGGGUUCCUUUUGUUUUCGUUUUCUUUCUUCAUAUUUGUUAGCAUUCUGUUCAAGUGUUGUCAAGACCACUGGUCCAUGAUUGAAGAAGAUUCAAAGCUAAUUCCUAGAAUAAUUGUUAAGAGUUGGCA